UCUGGCUCUUCCUAAACGGAACCUGCAGUUCCUGACCCUCCACGACUGCCUGCUGAGAAACUUCAACCUGUUCCGUCUGGAGUCCACCUACGAGAUCAGACAUGACGUGGAGGAUGUUGUGACUCGCAUGAAACCAUGGUGAGCAGAGAACACACACCUAUAACUGAUGGCAGUCAGAGUGUGGUGUUUGGGGGCCAGCCAGGAAGUUUCAGACAUCACAGCCUUCUCCAUCGUGGAGGUGGCUAAGCCAUCGCUGUCAACCUCAAUGGCUGCGGAAGCACGACGUUUGCUUUCUGGUCACGGUGUGGCCCAAUCUGCCCUUCGGCACGCGCCUCGACCGCCGCCAGCCCUUUGUGGAGCAGACAGGCCUGGCCUACGUGAGUGGCUGCGAGGUGCAGGGCAUGCUGGACGACAAGGACCGCGUCAUCGAGGAAGAAAUACCAUCCAGUUUACACCAACUCAGAUUGAGGCCAUCCAUGCUGGGAUGCAGCCUGAACCCACUAUGGUAAACUAUGGAUGGAUGUGGUAUAUGUUGUGUUCUGGUAUGGGCGUGUGAACGACGUACUGGCCAGGAGGCUGGAGCUGCUCAGAGAGGUGGGCAGUCUGCAAGAGAGUCUGGACCUACACCUGUGAGACCGACAGACACUUCUACCUCUACCAGAACCCAGAGGACGGUUACAGCAGGUUGGAAGCGUUGGAUCAUGAUAGGAGACCACCAGCAGUUGCCCCCUGUCAUUAAGAUCAUGGCCUUCCAGAAGUACUCCAACAUGGAGCAGUCCCUGUUCUCCCGCUUCGUACACCUGGGGGUACCCACCGUUGACCUGGAUGACCAGGGACGUGCCUGUACCAGUCUGUGUAAUCUAUAUAACUGCCGCAAUAAGCAGCUGGAGAACCUGCCCCACGUACAGAUGCUGCCCCAGUUCCAGGCCCCUAACCCUGGCCUGACCUUCAACUUCCAGCUCCUCAACGUGGAGGACUUCAGUGGAGUGGGAGAGUCAGAGCCCAACCCUUAUUUCUACCAGAAGCUGGGUGAGGCAGAGUACUGUGUGGCUCUGUUCAUGUACAUGCUUCUGCUGGGUUACCCUGCCGACAGGAUCAGCAUCCUCACCACCUACAAUAGACAGAAAUACCUCAUAAGAGAUGUCAUCAACCAACACUGUGCUGGGAACCCCUUCGUUGGACAGCCCGACAAGACUAGGAUGGCCAGUUGUGGGUCGUGUUUCUGGAGCAUCGUGUGGCUGGUGAUUUUGCUGAUCAUAGCCUGGCCAGUCAGUAUUUUGCUGGGGGGGCUCUACGGACUCAUCAGCCCCUCACCACCUGUGUCGGCCUGGACCGCCUGUCAGACUUGCUUCUGGAGGGGGCCAACCUGGGUCGGACCUGCGCCCAGAACAUGAGACACAGCAAGGCAGUGUGUUGAGACCAGACUGGACCAGAUGCUGGUCCUGGAAGUGCCUGCCGGUUCUCAUCCUGUCGCAAGAGGAAUAGUCAGUGUAACAGUUACUGUUCACGCCAAAGGCCAUUGUGUUAUUGUUUGUCUUGUCACACAUUGAGGUGUUAAUAUCUCACACUCCAAAGUCAGCCAGACACUAGGAAAACUUGCACUUAUCCAAACUUUUAACAAAAUAAUUAUGCUCACUCUAUCAAUCAUGUCAUUAACAAUAGAUCUUAUUUUUUGUUUGGGUUAUUCUACUCUACAACUUGAAAUACAAAUACUUUGUAUUCAUAAGCUGUAUUAGCUGUUUUUAAUUCAGAAUGACCCCCUGCACAGGGCAGAUAAGAAUGUUCAACAGCUUAACUUUAACAAUAGAGCAGUUAUGACUUCCUUUUUUAGGAUUUAAACUUAAUGCAAUUAAAUGAUGUUUGAACUUG